CUGCUGCAGCUGGUUGUUAAGUUGCUGGGAGAUAAGCUUCAGGUAUUUCCGCGAGGAAACAGAGGCCGAGGUCGAGCCGAGCCCUGAAGUCCCGGACGGUGUUUGGACGGUGGGCAGGCCAGAGACUUGGAGAGGUCGGAGAGGCACAGGAGCCGGGUAGGCUUCCCAGCAGCGUGGCCGCGGCGGGUGCGUAUGAGUUCACCGGGUCGGAGGAACGGCCUGGCCAAAGACCGAGAGAUGGACGACCCGGUCAAUGCUGUCUUCUCCCAACUCCAGGAUGGGCUCCAAGGCCAAGAAGCGCGUGGUGCUGCCCACCCGCCCGGCGCCUCCCACCGUGGAGCAGAUCCUGGAGGACGUGCGCGGGGCUACAGCCCAGGACCCCAUCUUCACUGCUCCGGCCCCGGAAGACCCUUCAGGAGCCUGCAGAAAAGCUGAGGAGCCCGAGGCCGAGCAGGAGCUGCUUUACCAGCAGAGCCGUGCCUAUGUGGCCACCAAUGACCGGUUGCGGCUGGCCAGUGAUGGGCUUAGGCAGAAGUGUGAGGAUCUUCAGCAAGCGGGCCAGGAGCUGGAACAGGACAUCAUCCAGGUGACACAGGCGUCACUGCCUGCGCCAGAGACUUCGGCUGUCUCCUAGGGCUGACCUGGGCUGACCUGGGUCUGGGCCAGUGCCCGAUGCUGCCCAUCUGACAUUCCCCCGUGGGGCCCUGAGUGCCCCUGUCUGGCAUUCCACACACAUUCAGCACCUGGGGGCUACUUUGCUCCUGCUUGUCCCCCUCAUUCCAGUGGUUUCAGAUCACUGCAUCCUCUCAUGACACCCAGCCCCAGUGGGACCCACCCUGCAGGUUCCUCCAGUCUCCAUGGACUUCAGCAAGGUUCAGCAGAGAUUAGGGAAAAGGACAGGGAGCGUGGCUGCUCCAUAUUCUGCCCCUACUCCCCUACAGCGGCCUCUGACCUGAGAUGGGGCCUCUGGAGCAGUCACAUCCUCCAUUGCCAGGCCUUCUGCUUGGGGCACUAAACAGCUGACUGAAGGUGUCUGGUAGUCAUCUGUUCACCUGGACUGAAGGUCAGGGUGCACGGUGGCCUGUUGACUGAUGCAGCCAAGGCUAGCCAAGUCUAGUCCACGUCCUUCCUGUUUCAGAUGCUGCCUCAGCCAAGUUGAUCUUCAUGACCCUGGGCUGUUGGGGUCACUGUCCCCACUGCCCCUAAAAGAUGCCCAGAGACCUUGGCCUGGUCUUGUAGGCCCAUGUUGCUACUCAAGCCAGCUCUGGCUCUGUGGUGGGUACAGGCCAAAAGAUCUCGAAAGGGACUUUUCAUCCAAGCAAGCAGGCGGAGACUAGAGAGGUGUCCCCAUAGAACCCCCUGAUAGAAACUCCUAUGGCCCUCUCUGGCCACCCAGGGGCAGCGCCAACACACAGUGAUCCCAAGGGGCACAGCCCAAUGCUGUGAGAAGCUGUGGUAGGCCUGGAAACUCAUCUAGAGACCAAGCCUGGCCCCACCGCCUCUCUAGGCCUGCUGCUGUUUUACAUCAACCUUGUCUCUUUCCCUGAAAAGCGGACAUCCCUUAAACCAGAAACUGGAUCUCAGGGGCUUCUCAUUGGUCACCCUGCAAAGCUUCACCACCCUGCUGGCCCCUUCCCACUUUACCAUUCCUCCUUCUCAGGCCUUUGCCCAGCCCCAGGCUGGCUAGAGCUCUGCUAAUUGGAAAUGGCCUUGACCUAUGGGCAGCCGGACCCCUUCCAGGUGCUGGCUCUAUUUUUGGUAAAUACAGUAGACUUUGGCAACCCAUCCAGAGCCCUCAUGGCUCACAGAUGCCUCUUGCCUUGGUGGCAGGGCAGCCUGGGCUGGUAAGCCCUCCUGUCCACACUGGGGCCAGGUGGAUACUCCUGACCUCACUGGCUAUCACCUGGCCCUGAAUAGACCCAAGUUUGGCCUCUGGGCUUGAGGCAUCCAUGCAGUAAGAGGCUCCUCUGCCAACACUAGACCCAUCACUGGGGCAGCCAUGGCCAAGAUGGAAAGCCCUUGAAAGCCUUCAUCUGUCCUCAGCCCUUUAAAAAUGCAACUGUGGGCAGCACAUGGGCGAUUGAAUAGCUCAAUUUAUUAAAGGUGCACAAGAAGCCAGGUGCCAGAUCGACAUCGUCCUUCCACCAGACAAAUGGCUUUGUGUUUGAGGGGAUGGGCGGGGUGGGGGCAGUGACUAUUUACAUGACUGUUUAACACUGCAGAGACCCAGAGUGGAGAGGGUGACAGCAGGAUGGGCUAGACAGACUACUGAGUAUGGAAGAUGAGGUAUAUGGGUGGGUGUCAUCUGCAUCCAGCACCCAGGUGGUGGUCAUCAUCCAAAAGCCUAUGGACCAGGGUUCCAAUUUUGGCAUGCCUGGAGUCAUCACCAGCCUUGGGACACUGGACCUCCCUCCCUUCCUCCCUCCUGGCCCAGUGGCCUCAGGUCCUCUGUUCCCCUGGGGCUGGCCUCGAGGAUGCUCCAGAAGGAGACAGGGUCCGGCAGUGUCUGUCAGUGGUUUGGGUUCUAAGACUGGUCCCUCAGCUCUGACCUCUAGUGGACUGUCCUGGCCACUCCUCAAAACUCUCCUGUGUGGAUUCUUGCCCGUGUUCCACCCUGGACUGGAUGCUCCAUGGUUGUGUUCCCUGUGGCUGUGUAGGGGGUGAAGGCAAAAAUGGCCACUGAACACGGGGUCUGGCAGGAAGAGGUAACCAGCAAGAGUAAGCCCCUCAUGCCAGCCAUGGAAGAAACUGUCCAGGGGUGGGGGUGGGUGUGGAGUGGGGAUGUUUGAUUCUGACUCUGAUCUAUGAGUAGCACCAGGCACCUCUCCCAUCAUGGUGGUUGCUCUACUUGCUGAGAGGUAGCUCUGGGAGUUCUCCCUACAGCCCACAUGCGGAAACCGAGGCACAGAGUGGCGGGAACAUCACUCGGUCUCACAGUGCGUGGUAGGUGGGGUCAGGUCCAGGGCUA